AUGGCAAACAGUUUCUUUUUCAGAACAGAAAAGGCAAGUAGCAUCUUCUACUUCCCUCCUAAUACUCAGGUUAUCCCUGGUCAGGACUUUGUUUUUAGACAGAAGCCAAAGGAAGAAGUGGAUCCUAGGAGCAGUAGUUCGUGCGUCGCCUCCUCCCCGCACCCCCGCUGCGUGGGCCGAACGCAGCCCACUCCCGGCCCACACAGCCGGUCGCUCGCCUCCUCGGCUGUCGCCCCCCGCUUCUCGCUCUCCCUCGCGCCGACGCCUCGCCCGCCACGCCGCCCCUCGCCCGCCACGCCGCCCCUCGCCGUCCCUCGCUGUGCCGCGCCGCCGCCUCGCCCCUCGCCCGCCGCGCCGCCCCUCGCCGUCCUGCUCGUGCCGCCGUCCUGCUUGCGCCGACGCCGCCGCUCUCGCGCCGCCCUCAGCCCUCGCGUCCGUCUCGCCCGCCGCCGCCGCACCCUCGCUGCCCUCGCCCCGUCGCGCUGCCAGCCUCCGCCAGCUCCGCCCUCGAUCCUCGCGUCUGUCUCGCCCGACGCCGCCGCCGCCACGCCCUCGCUGCCCUCGCCUCCCUAUUGCAGUGCCGGCCUCCGCCAGCUCGGCGCCGCCAACUCGCGCGCCUCCUCCGUCGCGAGCUCCACGCCACCGACCCACGGGCCUCAUCCGGUAGGCCCUCCGUCGAGCCGGCGCGCCCCUACUCGGUUGUACCCCCUCCUUGGACAUCUCGGGGCCGCGGAGCCGCGCGACUCCAGCGCGGCCAGCUCGACGCCACGGCUGAACGAGAACGGCGCCAUCACGCCGCUCCGCUCUGGCGUCACUGCGCCAAACUGUGGCGUCCCCGACGUGCCUCCUCGCCGAGUAGAUCUGUGGUGUCAUUGCUGUGGCCAGCUUGCUUAAUACAACUCUUGUGAACCUAACACUUCGUCUGAAUAGUGCUUAGCAUGAUUCUAGGUAACUAUUUGUCUGAUUAUCAGAUUAUUUGAUAUGAUGAUUUGCCCAGUAUAUGUGUUGCCAAAAGAAGGGAUUUCUACCGUCCAUUCUCUGGUAUUGAUCACUCUCUCACAUCUUCUUUCGUUUCCACUGACCAGGCUGAGGACUUUGAGGAUACGAGAUUACUGACCAAGCUUAUAGUUCAUUGCUUGUGAGUUGUCUGCUAAAAGGUAUGUGAUGCCCUUUCUUCUCUGCUUCUUCCACUCCACCAUUAGAAAUCAAUUCUCUGAAAAUGUGUCUCUGUGAUGUUAUAUUGAACUAUAAUGUUUGAUUGGAGCUAACUUGCCUGUCGGUAUCUUUGUACUAUCAUUGUUCGAAUAUGUAUUUGGAAAAAGUGAACGCUAAUCGAAAAGGGCGACAGUUUCAGACCCGGCAAGUUAACUAAAUAUGGUAAUAUAUUGAAUUAACCGCACGGGCAUUCAAAAGAGCUAUAAGUUCUCCUCACUUAAGUAUUGAAUUAACAUAUUCUGUUCUAAGCUAGCAUGACACUUUCUAUUGUAUUUAUAAUUUUAUUAGUAAGUGCAGAUGUUCUGAAAUAGUAACUAAAUAAGUCCCCUUUCCUGUAACUUCAGGUUUGUCAAAUUGGUUGAGUUAUUGUUAGGAUGAUCUAAACUUUGUGACAGUGGGUCCAUGACAAGGUAGAUGAAACAAUUAAUACUUUCAUACUGCCUCUAAUAGUCUGCUAGCAUGGUCUUGAUAUGUGUCAAGAUUCUGAACUCUGAAUGUUUCUGAAUUUCCACUAGGUCCGCAUACUGCCUCUGAAAAAAGCUGUCAAAGAGCCUAAAGUGAGUCGAUGAUAUAUACAACAUUGAUCAUGGAAGGAUUUGAUUCCAACAACAUUGGCUGCAUCAAGGUUCAUACCUUCCCCCUCAAUUCUACUUCUACAUCAACAUGUCCCUUAUAAAAUCACCAGUUAUGGGUACACUAACAACGUUUUGCAUCAAUUGGCCUAAAACAACCAAUUUGCAAAUUUAGAGUCAGUACUGGUGCAACAAAAAAACUGGUCAUGCACAGAUCCAACGUUAGUCAUCGCUCCUCCCAAUCGUGAUGCCACGAUAGUAACUACCAUGUAAUCAGUCCAUUCCAUGAUAUUCAGAUAUUCAUGUCAGUGAAAAAGACUCACUUUGUUUGCCAGGUUUGGCAACGUAUAGGUCCAUCACGGGCGCUUUAGUUUCAAAUGUGACAGCUGCAAUUUACUUUUCAUUGACAAACUUAAUGAAAAAACUUUCUUUGUAGCAUGUGCUAUUGUUAUAUACCCAUAUUAUACUUGCUGGCUGUGUUUACUGUUUAGACUGGAACAAUGAUUCUGAAUUGUUCUAUUUAUUUUCAGAUUGCAUGAAGAUAACAUGAGAAAUGGAUUGAUAAGAGAGCAAUGCCGGUCCAGGUAGGAGAAGCAAAGUUAUCUCAGAAAUUCAUGUGCAAGUCAAUUGUUUUAUUUUUACCUUUUCCAAAUCAUUGUAAGGCAACCUACUUUUUCAGCAGGUUUCUAGGAUUGGGAAGGGAGAAGGGCAUGCAAGGGGACUUUAUGGAUUUUAAGAGCUUAGAGAAUGAAAUUAUGGGGAUCCCUUUAGGAUGAUUCCCCCGUAUAAUUUUUUUAGCUUAGUUGUGAUGCCUAAGUUACUAUUGGAAAUGUUCUGAGAUGAAAGGAUACCGGUUUAUUAUCAUGCAGAAUUGGUUGGAACUACGAUGUAAUACAUGAUAGGAAAGCUCGUACUAUGUGUUACAAGGGUCUGAAUAUUGUUCUCUCCUCUUUUUUUGUUGCAGUAGGCACACGGGUAUAAAAAGUUUUCGUUGAAAAUUGAUAAUCAGUGGAUUAAAUUGUUUGGAACAAUGUUAUUUAUUAUGCCUUUUAGUUGACA